UUGUCGAGAGCGAGAAAAGCGUAACUCCGCCCCUGAAGGAGGAAGUGAUGUGCUAAACGCGACUAACAAUGUAAAUGGGAGUUAAUGAGACGCGACUUUCACGUUUUGUACUUUAAAAAAUAAAUAAAUAAAUAAAUAAAUAAGGGGAAAUAUUCUGAUGACGUGGGAGUGUCGCUGGAGUUUCAGGCUUUCCGUCUGAUACACUGUGUUUAUCGUGUGAGUAGAAAGUGUGUAAAGACAGUGAAAUGUGUUACCAGAUGUGCAGCUAGCUUGUCAACUUAGCUGGAUGAAAGACUGAAGGUAAACUUCAGGCUGCGUUAAUCGACAAGGCUUUCAGAACGAACCGCGGUGAGGAACGAGGAACGAGUUCCGGCCCAGAAAUAACGAGUCAUUUGACAGCUGUGAGGAAAAGAGCCACAUUGUUUGGGUGGGUAGGUCGCUGACUAGCAUAUUGUUUAACCAGAGAAGGAGAAGACUGCUUUGUGUAGACUAAUAAUGGCACACAACCACGAAAGUUUAUCAAACUCGGGUCUGGUCGCCGAGCUGUCCGUUUCCUUCCACGAUGAACUCACGGGGAGCAUCCAAAGCGCCUUCGGUGUCGCCGGAGAGCUCGCGGUGGCCGAGGUGUCCAAACUGGUCGGGAAAGCCUUCCGCGAUAUGCGCGAUCAGCUGCACAAAACCCUGCUCGCCAACCGGAACCUCCAGACGAGGCUCGGCCUGGCGCAGACGGAGCUGCGCGCUGCGCGUUGCCGCGCGCUGGAGACGCGUCCGACGCGCGACAUCGCCGUCAACACGAGUCCGAUUCCGCCCGAACCGCGACUCGGUUCCUCUCUGGACGUCAGAGAGACGCAUGAAGACUCGCCCAGUGACUCGUUUUUAGAGAUCCGACACGACGGAAUCGAGUGCGCACAGGACGUGAAACCAAAUCUAACAGGAGAGCAGUCUUCACUCCAGUUACAGCAGACUGAAGACAUAAAAGAGGACCAUCAUGCCAUGCAGGAAAAUGCUUCACAUGCUGAUCAGGCAUGCAUUAGGUCGGCAGUGAUGCCUGGAGCGUCGGCAAAGUUGGAGGAGGCUGAUCAGUGUGCUCACCCCAAGUCCGACGUCGAUCAAGCGUUUAGUUCGGAUUCGCUCUCGAUGGCCCAGUCAAAGUUAUUGGAGGACUGGAGACCUGAACCACUGCAGCUUCAGAGCUGCCAGUCAGACUCGUAUGCUUUAUCUGGCAGCUCCGCUCUGGCCAAUCCCUCUCUCUUCCAAGGAGAACUUCCAGGGAUGGACUUCCUUGUAUCAGCCUCCUCCAGCCAGCCAGGCGUGUGCCACGCACCGCUCUCCCUGAGAGAUGCCUCCUCCCUAACUAUCCCCACCCCUGAUCCGCUUUUCCCCAGUCACAGCUCUGGACAAGGGCACGGUUUAGGCGAGGCCUUUUCUAUGCCAGAGAACGUGCGCAGGUAUCGUAGUGUCCUGCAGCCCAAACCAACCAGCCAUCAACAGAAAAGUCCCAAACGCAGCUUGUAUCCACCUGGGCGAAGUCCAUUCCGCUGUCCGCAGUGCGGCCGAGACUUUAACCGCAUGGAGCACCUCAAGAUUCACCAAAGGAUCCAUACGGGUGAGAAGCCAUAUGCCUGCACAGAGUGCACCGCACGUUUCCGACACUCGUGGGCGCUCACGCGCCACUUCCGCAUCCACACGGGCGAGAAGCCGUAUUUGUGCACACAGUGUGGGAAAAGCUUCCGGAACUGCGGUGGGCUACGCUUCCAUCAGAGGACACAUGCCCAGCGAGGUGGCCUGACAAACAUUAGACCAAAUUUAGAGGGCCAUGGGAGGGCAUAACGGGAAGCUUCUCUUUGGCUUCAUCCAUUUUCAGGUCACUCUAAUUUCUAAACAUUACACACAAGUUUAUUUGUACGAACACAACUUUUCCAUACAAGGGCGUGGUAGUAUUGAUGUAUAAUCGACCAAAAUCUCACAUUGGUAUAAAAGAAAAGUGACAGUGGGAUAAUCAUGUCUUAUGGCAGAGUAUGAAUUAGGGCUGUGUUGAAUUAGGGCCAUGAUGAAAGGUAGCACGAUGAGUUUUACAAAUUAUUUCUGAAACUGUGACGCAACAAAUCCGAAUGCAGUAAAUUUCUCAGAACAAAUAUAUGGUUAUCUGGUAUCCCCCAAACUCUCCUAACUUGUGUAUAUUUAUGAUGCAUUUAUGGUUGAAGACAAACUGCAUGGACCUAUGCCGCCUUUUUUUGCGACUUGGGUGCGGUGUGCUGUGUUUUUGCUUUUGACUUUUUUGAACCCAACGUAGGGAUACUCGGCAGCAGCCAAUCGAUGCGCCUAGAUGCUUUCAGCAUGUUUGUCCUCCACUCAGAGAUCAGUGAUCCACCUCAUCACCAUGUACUUGUCCAGUUUCCGGGCCGCAUAGUGGCCAUCAGAACAACUGACCAGCAGGACCACACUGAGCAGUUUUCAGAAGAUGGACGACUUUUUAUUUUUAUUUUUAUUUUUUUGUUGCCUUUUUUUCUUUAAUUAAUUUGUAAAGCUACCAUGAGUGUGACGAAGGCAUUAUAUUAACCAUAUAAUUUAUUGUUCUUAUUUUUGCGUGUGAAUUAAACUGUGAAUCUCA